AUUGAUUUCGAUACGGUGGAGUCGUGGCACUGAGAUAGUACAAAAAUAAAUCACUUAUUUUAACUUUGAUUGCAUCAUUAUACUUUCUUCCAUACACUUUCAACCAUCUCUUCGCGAUCUAAACUCGAAGAUCUGUCAAAAUGUCGGCUAAAGCCAUCUACGAAACCGACGGAAAGUCACUCGUUGCGAAGUGCCUUCAAAACAAUUGCUACGUCAAGAACAAAUUUGCUGUUGUUGUACAAGAAACAAACUGGGACGAUCUUGUCAAAGACAAUCCAUGGAUUUUAAGCCAGAAACUUGUUGUAAAGCCAGAUCAGCUUAUAAAGCGUAGAGGCAAGCUGGGUCUUAUAAAGGUUAAUGUCAACUCACAAGAAGCCAAGAAAUGGAUUGAUGAGAGAAUGGGCAAAGAUAUCCAGGUGGGAGCUGCAAGUGGUCCGCUGAAAAGAUUCAUCAUAGAGCCAUUUGUACCACAUAAACAGAAUGAAGAAUUUUAUGUGUGCAUCUAUGCUCAGAGGAAAUGCGACACAAUUUUAUUUCAUCAUGAGGGUGGUGUGGAAAUAGGAGAUGUUGACAGCAAGGCUGUUAAACUUGAAGUUGGCCUUGGAGACAAAAUCACAGUUGAUUUGGUGGAGAAAAAACUUAUGCAGAAUGUUUCAAAACAAAAGAAAAAAUUACUUGCUACAUUUAUCCACGACUUAUUUAAACUUUACACUGACUUGUUCUUCACCUACCUGGAAAUAAAUCCCUUAGUGGUUGUGGAUGAAUCAGUGCAUGUUCUUGAUCUUGCUGCCAAAUUGGAUCAAACUGCAGAGUUUAUAUGUAAAACUGAAUGGGGAGAAAUUGACUUCCCACCUCCAUUUGGCAGAGAGGCAUAUCCUGAGGAAGCACACAUCGCUGAGUUAGAUGCCAAAAGUGGAGCUUCUCUUAAAUUAACCAUUUUGAACAGUAAAGGUCGCAUUUGGACCAUGGUGGCUGGAGGUGGGGCCUCUGUGGUGUACAGUGACACUGUUUGUGAUUUGGGUGGUGCGUCAGAGUUGGCAAAUUACGGUGAAUAUUCAGGUGCGCCAUCAGAAUCACAGACAUAUGAAUAUGCUAAGACGAUUAUCAAGCUUAUGACCACUGGUACACCAAGGCCUGAUGGCAAGAUUCUUAUCAUUGGUGGAGGUAUUGCUAACUUCACAAAUGUGUCGGCAACAUUCAAGGGAAUAGUCAAAGCUCUCCAAGAGUAUCAGAAAAAACUUAUAGAGCACAAGGUGGAGAUAUAUGUGCGAAGAGGAGGGCCAAACUAUCAAGAGGGUCUUCGUGUUAUGAGGGAAGUAGGUUCCAGUUUAGGUUUGCCCAUGUACGUAUUUGGAACAGAGACACACAUGACCGCCAUUGUAGGCAUGGCCUUAAGAAAGAGAGAGAUUCCUAAGGAAGUUGGCUUCGACUCAAAUGCAGCAGCAAACAUGUUCUUCAAUGCUCAGAACAAAGGGUCCGUAACCAGUGGAAAACACGCACUGUUGAUGUCGAAUGGCAAGGGAAAAACAGCUGAUGAGAAGCCUUCACCAGAACAAGGGCGCAAAGCUUCAGGUGGCAAGAAAGCUCCUUUGUUUACUAGUGAGACCAGAGCAAUUAUCUGGGGAGUGCAAGCACGAGCAGUACAGGGCAUGCUUGAUUUUGAUUAUGUUUGUGAGAGAAAGAGACCAUCUGUGGCGGCUAUGGUGUAUCCUUUCAGUGGAAAUCACCGACAGAAGUUCUACUACGGACACAAAGAAAUUAUGAUUCCAGUUUACAAAGAGAUGUCCGAGGCUAUGAACAAACAUCCUGAUGCUGAUGUAAUGGUUAAUUUUGCGUCGCUCAGAUCCGCUUACGAUGCCACUCUAGAAGCCCUGCAGUUUCCACAAAUUCGCACGAUUGCUAUCAUCGCUGAGGGAAUCCCUGAGGCAAAGACCAGGCAACUGAAUCAGAAAGCUAAGGAACUUGGAGUGACAAUUAUCGGCCCAGCAACAGUUGGUGGCAUCAAACCUGGGUGUUUCAAGAUCGGUAACACCGGUGGUAUGUUGGAUAACAUUUUGGCAUCAAAGCUGUAUAGGCCGGGAAGCGUUGCCUACGUGUCUCGAUCAGGUGGAAUGUCUAACGAACUCAACAACAUCAUCUCACGAACCACCGACGGCGUCUACGAAGGUGUGGCCAUCGGAGGUGACAGGUAUCCGGGAACGACAUUUAUGGAUCACGUGAUGAGGUAUCAAGAAAACCCGGAUGUGAAGAUGCUCGUUGUCCUUGGAGAGGUUGGUGGAACCGAGGAAUACGAGAUCUGUGAGGCCAUUAAGGACGGCACGGUAACCAAGCCCAUCGUGGUUUGGUGCAUUGGAACAUGCGCAUCAAUGUUCACGUCAGAGGUGCAGUUUGGCCAUGCCGGAGCCAGCGCUCAUGGAGACAACGAAACAGCGGUUGCCAAAAACAAAGCUUUGAAAGAUGCUGGAGCGUAUGUACCAGACAGUUUUGAUUCUCUGUUUGAAAUGAUCAAGGAAGUUUAUGAAGUGCUCGUUAGGGACGGGACAAUCGUUCCUAAACCCGAGAAAGUUCCUCCAACAGUCCCUAUGGAUUACUCAUGGGCACAGGAGCUUGGUUUGAUCCGCAAACCCUCCUCAUUCAUGUCAAGUAUCUGUGAUGAGAGAGGAGCAGAGCUCCUGUACGCUGGCAUGCCAAUCACAGAGGUGUUCAAGGAAGACAUGGGUGUUGGAGGAGUCCUGGGUUUGUUAUGGUUUCAAAGAAAGUUACCUCCUUAUGCAAAUGAAUUUAUUGAAAUGUGCCUCAUGAUAACCGCUGACCAUGGACCAGCCGUUUCAGGUGCACACAACACUAUCGUGACAGCCAGAGCUGGCAAGGACCUCAUAUCAUCACUGGUGUCUGGUCUUCUCACAAUUGGUGACAGAUUCGGCGGAGCUUUAGACGGAGCAGCUCAAAUGUUCUCUCAUGGUCUUGACAGUGGAAUGGCGCCCAUGGAAUUCGUGAAUGACAUGCGAAAGAAAGGACAACUAAUUAUGGGAAUUGGACACAGAGUCAAAUCUCUCAACAAUCCCGACAUGCGAGUUGUGAUUCUUAAAGACUUUGUGAACAAACAUUUUCCCACCCACCCAGUGAUGGACUAUGCCAUUGAAGUCGAAAAGAUCACCACUUCAAAGAAGCCGAAUCUUAUCCUCAAUGUAGACGGUUGUAUCGGUGCUGCCUUCGUAGAUCUGCUUCGUCAUUGUGGAGCAUUCACCAGGGAGGAAUCUGAUGAAUUUGUGGAGAUUGGAGCGCUAAAUGGAUUGUUUGUUUUGGGAAGAUCGAUUGGAUUCAUUGGUCAUUAUUUGGACCAAAAACGCCUAAAGAUGGGUCUGUACAGACAUCCUUGGGACGACAUCACGUACAUCAUGCCUGAUCAUCUCACAGACCUUCGCCCAGCAAGUUUUGAAUAAGCACGUGACAGUCACGUAGUAGAAGCCGUAAGAAUUGCAAAUUUGGGUUUUCCUCUAUAAACCCAAUCGAGCGGAACAUUUAACUGAAGAAUUUUUGGAAGAAAGAAAUUUUAGUCGUGUGUUGAGGCUGUAAUUUAAUUCAGGGAUAGUUUUUGCCUUUUUUGUAAUUCUCGUGUUAGUAGUUUUGACUGCUUAGCGCUAUACGAAAAUUUUGUUGCACCUGUCAAGCUCGUGUGGAUUGCGUGACAGACCAAAGAGAGUUUUUGCUCUCUUUGAAAAUCGGGAAUAUGUUGUACAAUAAUAUGGAAGUAAUGCUGUAAUUUUAACUCUCAUUUGAGUUAUUCAUUUGGAUUUGAAAUUAAUUUAGAGCAACUUGCUUCAAAGAAAAUGUAACUUCAAAAAUGUUACGAACUUUA